CAUCCCACAUUGCAUUGCGAAUGUGUUUGCUAUUAGCAUUAGCAUUUAACAUUACAGUGGCGUUAGUGUUUUUGUAGGCAGGACGUGUUGGUUUAGUGAAUAAUAACCUACUUUUUAAAUUAAUAACGACUCUUAUUGUAUUAGGUACAGCACACGCAAACAUGGAGAUCGGCACAGAGAUAAGCAAGAAAAUACGGGCUGCUAUCAAGGGGAAGCUUCAAGAACUCGGUGCCUAUGUUGACGAAGAGUUACCAGACUAUAUCAUGGUGAUGGUGGCCAACAAGAAGACUUCCCAGCAGAUGUCUGAUGACCUGUCCCUCUUCCUCGGCAACAAUACCAUCAAGUUUACUGUCUGGUUACAUGGAGUCCUGGAGAAGCUGAGGUCUGUGGCAGUAGGUAAGUUCAGGUUACAUGGAGUCCUGGAGAAGCUGAGGUCUGUGGCAGUAGGUAAGUUCAGGUUACAUGGAGUCCCGGAGAAGCUGAGGUCUGUGGCAGUAGGUAAGUUCAGGUUACAUGGAGUCCCGGAGAAGCUGAGGUCUGUGGCAGUAGGUAAGUUCAGGUUACAUGGAGUCCCGGAGAAGCUGAGGUCUGUGGCAGUAGGUAAGUUCAGGUUACAUGGAGUCCCGGAGAAGCUGAGGUCUGUGGCAGUAGGUAAGUUCAGGUUACAUGGAGUCCCGGAGAAGCUGAGGUCUGUGGCAGUAGGUAAGUUCAGGUUACAUGGAGUCCUGGAGAAGCUGAGGUCUGUGGCAGUAGAACCCGCGUCCCUGAGGCCUCAGCUGUACUCUGACACUGGCACCUCGUCAGGGAAGAGUGAGUGGAAGGGGGAGGAGUCAAAGGGCCUUGCGGUGUCCAGCUCACGCUCUGAUAGGACAGAGGCCCGUGUGUCAAGCUCCGCCCAUGAGCACAGAAGGGUCUCCUCAGACAAAACCUCGUCCCGCCUCACCUCCACAGUCAAGCCCCUGAUGGACCCUCCCUCCUCUGAGGCCGUCAUCGACAUCAAGCCUGAGCUAGACGAUGACCUCAUCGGCGAGGACCCCGUGGACAUGGGCGUCCUCCCAGGUCGCCUGCGUGGAUCCACCUCCGGAGGGCGGGCAUCAGCUCAGAUCUACAGGCCGCCCCAGGGCAGGUCCUCCUCGGGGACAGGCAGGUCGGCGGACGCCUAUAGGUCCUCAGAGGGGUCCUCGGGGUCACACAGCAGGCAGCAGCACAGCAGCUAUCACCUGGACAGUAGGAGCAGCAGAGACAGCAGGACAUACAGAGAAGGAGGCAGCAGCAGGCAGCAGCAGGAGGAGGCUUCGAGGAAGCGCAAAGCCCCAGUGGUGAGCUCCGUGGUGCGGGUGAACCAGGCAGCAGACGGGGGUCGAGACAGUGAUGAUGAUGAUGAGGAGGAGGAUGAUGAUGAGGAAGAUGAAGGAUACGGGGUCAAGAACUUGUCCAGCAGAGUGUCCCUGCCUUCCAAACCAGAACGCAAACCCUCCCUGCCCCCGGCCAAACAAGCCAACAAGAACCUGCUACUGAGGGCUAUGUCUGAGGCCCAGAUCUCUAUCAACAAGACUGCAGCCUACCUACCUAUACCACAGAGACAGACGGUUCCGGUGGCACCCAGGACGCGUUCAACCACUGACGAGAUGAACGCUGCCAUCCAGCUGGUUCAGGAGCACCUCCACGGCCUGGUCCCCAGGGGGCAGUCUUACACCCCCUCAGAGCCUCAGCCCCCCAGGCAGCUAGUAGUUCAGUCUCGGUCCCUGGCCUCUCGGCUGCAGUUAGACGUGCCAGAAGACAACAUGAGAGCGCAGCACAGUGACUAUUUAGCUCUGGAAGUGGCCGAGGGGAGUGUCCUGAAGCCGUUUGACACACGCUCCUUCAUCGUGAGGAGGCCUGAACUGGAGGAGGAGCUGGUUCCUGUCCGGAACAGACUGGGACAACUGGACAGGGUGCCUAUGACGAGUAGGCUGGGGUUAGAGGAGAUGCCACCUCCUAUGAGGAGUGGACUGGAGGAAGUGGCACCUCCUAUGAGGAGUAGACUGGGACUGGAGGAAGUGGCACCUCCUAUGAGGAGCAGACGGGAGGAGACCACCGUGCCUAUGAGGAGCAGGCUGGGAGCCAUGGUCAAGGAGGAGAUCCAGCCAGCUACUCCACGCAUGGUGCAGCCAGCCAGCAGUGAGAAGGCUGAAGCCACGGGGUCAGCCAGUCCUAAGUUCAUUGUGACCCUGGAUGGGGUUCCUAGCCCCCUGGGUAACCUAGGAGACUGUGACAUGGAAGCGGAUGACAGUUAUCCUAAACCAGCCAAGACCACCAUGCCUGACCCCUCCAUCCACCUCGGAACAAAACCCAAACUCAGCAUCCACCACAGACUGCAGGGGGAACCACAAUACCCUGAUGAGUUAGGGAUGGAGACUGAGGAGGAGGAGGAGGAGGCGGGUCCUGUGAAGAGACAGAAGGUUCUGGAGAGGUGUAAGUUCUGGCCCGUCUGUAAGAGUGGAGAUGAGUGCGUUUACCACCACCCUACCACUCAGUGCAAAACUUUCCCCAGCUGUAAGUUUGGGGACAAAUGCCUGUUCGUCCAUCCUAACUGUAAGUUUGACGGCAAGUGUUCCAAACCAGAUUGUCCCUUCACUCACGUCAGCCGCAGAGGACCUGCCCCCUACACCCCUCCAGUCAGACCAGUGCCUCCAGUCCAGACCAGCAGCGUUUGUCGUUUCUUCCCAGAGUGUAAGAAGAUGGACUGUCUCUUCUACCACCCCAAGCCUUGUCGGUUUGGAGCCCAGUGUAAACGUACUGGCUGCACCUUCUACCACCCCACUGCCUCGGUCCCUCCCAGACACGCCCUCAAGUGGACCAAGGCCCAGAGCAGCUAGACGACAAGAGUACCUGAGACUGACCGAGUCGAGAUGAUGUGACGCUAUAGAACAGGGUUCUCCAACUGGUGGCCCACGGGCUGAAUUUGGCCCGCAGGUGAUUUUAUUUGCCCCGCCCCCCAAAGUUUUCUGAGCAAAAUAAAGUGUUUGUUAUUGGACAUACGACUGUAAAAACACCAGCAUUUCAGCUUCAAGUGAUUUUCUUUCAACUUUGGGAGUGUGUUCCAAACUAUUCCCAUGCAUAAUGGAGAGAUUUGUUUGUAUACAAAUGUAAGCAAAGUUUGAAGUCAUUGUUUUAGUCAAAUAUAUCUGUUUGGGCUUCUUGCUGUCAAUUUGCAGUCUACAAUUUUGUUUUAUGUUCCGACCCCCUGAACAUCCGUUUAGGAAAAUACAUUUGCCCCCUUGGCUGAAUCUUGUUGAUCCCUGUUGUAGAAGAUGUGGUUAUACUGUUUAGUUAUUGUUUUAUUCUCUUUACGGUUUAAUUAUCAACGAUCUGGUCGGUCCUUUAUUUGAUUUUUAUUUCAUUUUGUGAAACUGACAUUUUUUUUUAACCAGACAAAACUUACAGGGUUAAAGUUGUUGUAAUGCCCUUUUCUUUUUCUUUUUUUGAUAAUGUUGAAAGUAUAUUCAAAUAAAAUACUCCAUGUCAAA